CUCGGAGCCACGGCCAUCGAGGACAAACUGCAGCAGGGGGUCCCCGAAACCAUUGCCAUCCUGACGCUGGCCAACAUCAAGAUCUGGGUGCUGACGGGGGACAAACAGGAAACGGCUGUGAACAUCGGCUACUCCUGCAAGAUGCUGACAGACGACAUGACGGACGUGUUUGUGGUGACGGGCCACACGGUGCUGGAGGUGCGAGAGGAGCUCAGGAAAGCCCGGGAGAAGAUGAUGGAUGCGUCACGCUCCGUGGGCAACGGCUUCUCCUACCAGGAGAAACUCUCCUCCUCCAAGCUCACCUCUGUGCUGGAAGCCAUCGCAGGCGAAUAUGCCCUGGUCAUCAAUGGGCACAGCCUGGCCCACGCGCUGGAGGCUGACAUGGAGGUGGAGUUCCUGGAGACAGCAUGUGCCUGCAAGGCCGUCAUCUGCUGCCGUGUCACGCCUUUGCAGAAGGCCCAGGUGGUGGAGCUGGUGAAGAAGUACAAGAAAGCUGUGACCCUGGCCAUCGGGGACGGGGCCAACGAUGUCAGCAUGAUCAAGACCGCCCACAUCGGGGUGGGCAUCAGCGGGCAGGAGGGCAUCCAGGCAGUGCUGGCCUCCGACUACUCCUUCUCGCAGUUCAAGUUCCUGCAGCGCCUGCUCCUGGUGCACGGGCGCUGGUCCUACCUACGCAUGUGCAAGUUCCUCUGCUACUUCUUCUACAAGAACUUCGCCUUCACCAUGGUCCACUUCUGGUUUGGUUUCUUCUGUGGCUUCUCAGCACAGACUGUGUAUGACCAGUACUUCAUCACGCUCUACAACAUCGUCUACACCUCGCUGCCCGUGCUCGCCAUGGGGGUCUUUGACCAGGACGUGCCAGAGCAGCGGAGCAUGGAGUACCCCAAGCUCUAUGAGCCUGGGCAGUUGAACCUGCUUUUCAACAAGCGGGAGUUCUUCAUCUGCAUCGCCCAAGGGAUCUACACCUCUGUCCUCAUGUUCUUCAUCCCCUACGGCGUCUUCGCUGACGCUACCCGCGAUGAUGGUGCCCAGCUGGCCGACUACCAGUCCUUUGCCGUCACUGUCGCCACCUCCCUCGUGAUUGUCGUCAGCGUGCAGAUUGGGCUGGACACGGGCUUCUGGACGGCCAUCAACCACUUCUUCAUCUGGGGCAGCCUGGCCGCCUACUUCGCCAUCCUCUUUGCCAUGCACAGCGACGGUCUCUUCCAGAUGUUCCCCAACCAGUUCCGCUUUGUGGGGAAUGCGCAGAACACGCUGGCCCAGCCCACGGUCUGGUUGACCAUCGCCCUCACCACUGUGGUCUGCAUCAUGCCCGUCGUGGCCUUUCGCUUCCUCAAGCUGGACUUAAAACCCGAACUCUCGGAUACGGUGCGCUACACUCAGCUGGUGCGGAAGAAGCAGAAGACGCAGCACCGGUGCAUGCGGCGCGUGGGGCGCGUGGGUUCGCGUCGCUCCGGUUAUGCCUUUUCCCACCAGGAGGGUUUUGGGGAGCUCAUCAUGUCGGGCAAGAACAUGCGGCUCAGCUCCCUGGCGCUCUCCAGCUUCACC